UCGGAAGCUACUUUAUCAAUCUAGACACCCAUCACAUCACAGAACAACUGAUUGACAGAUCGAGCCGACUACUACGUGCCGCUUCUAGCCACCCAUCAUGGAUGAUACAGAAGCAACCGCCGGAACGGCGCCCUCAGAGCCUCCACAGCUCCCUUACUCUUUGCGCACAAGGAAGAAGUCGAUCGCGUUUUUCUGGAUUCUCUUCAUCAUCGACACAAUGGCUCAACCGCUCAUCCUAUACUGGUGUCUAUGGUACCUCACCGACCUCUCUCACAACGUCGUCUUCAGUAUUGUGACUGCGUCCUUGGGAGGUAUCUCGGUCUUUGAAUACUUUUAUCGUUUGUACAACCUCUUUCGCAAAGAUUCUCGCGCUCGACCAUUGAACGCACCGAAAGGAUGGCUGGACUUCUUCCACAUCAACUUUACUAUUGUUUGGUUGAUCCUCGCAAUUGAAUUGAUUGUAGGAACUGUACCGGCAGAGCCAUACGUGCGUCUCGUUGCAAUGGUCCUCCCAACCGUCAUGUUCUACUUUGGUGGUGUCUACCUCACCCUUGACAUCCUGCGCGCAUGUGGUGUGAAAGCACCCUUCCGAAUCUCCUCCACACCCAAAGGCUCAACAAUGCCCACCGCCUUGUAUGUGCUCAUUGAAGAUGUGGUUGCCGUGGAUGGAGGUGGCGGUCAGAUUUAUCGAUAUGCCCUUCGGACGCGGUACCUCUCAAGCCCAUAUUUCCGCCGUAUGCUGUUCCAGAUGAACUGUUUCUGGACCGGAGGAUCCAUCGUAUGCGCUGCUGCUAUCACCGCGAUCAUAUUUACUGUGGAAGAGCCGGUUGCCUAUACUCUGGGCUGGACGCUUCCAUUCGCCUGGGCGGGAGUCUGGACUUUGAUCACUAUCCCAUGGGUUCAGAGUGAUCUUCGACGCGAAAGACAAUCAUGGGGUGCAAACCACGGUGAAGGAGGCAUUGCAUAUACCGACGACCCGAAUGCGCCCUCCGCUCGGACGCGACUUGAGAGUGUUCAUGAUCGACUGCCGAAUAUCUUCACUUGGGGCCGCGAAAAGCAAUCUGCGCCAUCUAGUCCAUCCGCUCCAUCCACUCAAUCCUGAGUCAUCUUGCAGGGUUGCGAUACUUCUCGGUUUACCUGGAUAUAACAACAUUUGCUUCGAUACAUU